AUGCCUCAAAAUUGUGCACAAGCCGAUGCUAUGACCCAGUUUCCUCAUCCAGGAGACAACCCGGAUUCGGGCACAGGUCCUUCCAUUCCGGUGCCGCCCACUAUUUAUACUCGUCAUACAGUUGAAGACGGCGAAAUAGUUGAGCAGCAGUACAUCAUGGUAGGGGCUUUUAAAGUCCCGCUCUUCGAAUACAGGGCACACAAUGCAAAUGACACUCCACGGUCUAUUCCCAGCCGCCAGAUUUGCAUCGAUUUUUUGGUUGCCAUCAAUUCUGACGAUUUGGAGGAGACAGAUGUCCAAACAGAUCCAAGCAGAUGUCCAAGCAGAUCCAGCAGUCCAAUAUUAGAAGAAGAAGAGACCGAGCCAAGAGAAGACCCAGACACAGACCUCGAUGACAACUCCUCAUCUUCGGCGCGACAAUUAUCUCCGCCACCACAAGUCCUGGAGACAAUGGGACCUCUGCCCCUUACAUUGCUGGUUCCCAUGGUCAAUCAUGAAGCCGCAAUCAACUGGGCCGUACAAGAGGCAGGGAUUACUACAGAUUCUGGAAGAGUAGCAGCCAAGAGGAAGAUAUAA